AUGAGUCCGUCCACGAGCGCCGUCGAUGUGAAGCACUUGGAGGCCAAAAUCAAAGAGGACCCCAAAAAUGCCAACGAGCUGUUGAUAAUCUUGGAAACCAUGAACAGUAACGACAGAGCUGCCGCCAUUGCGUCAGUGCAGUCACUUCGACGCUUGUUCCUAUACUUUGCCGAAAAAGGGGAACUCAAGGUGCCUUCCCACGUCGAAGACGCGGACCCGCUAACUACGUACUGCAAGUGGCUGUGGGAGCAAUACGUGUCGUUCCUGUCAUCCGUGAUUGAAUGGAUCACACACGAUGACGCAACACUUCAGGUGACCGCUCUCCGCACUGCCAUGGAAAUUGUGGCCCAACAGGGCACAUACAAAGGAUUCCAGAGCGACACAGCAUUUGGAAACGAAACGUUCGUUCGCGUCGUGCGCCAGCUCGUGUCCACUUCAGACAUCAAAGGCGAGCUCUUAAGCGUGUUUCAAGGCGAGUACUUGAACGCGUUUACCGAUGUGCAAUAUUUUACGCUCAAAAACCUGACCCAGUUGUUCGAGACCAAGAAAGUGGGGCCGCGGGUCGUCAAGAACAGCCUCGCGAUCCUUGAAUCGGUCAAGCUCCCCGUUUCGGAAGAAGACGUGAUGGCAUUUCUUGCUCCACCAAGAAAAGACGUUGCGCCCAUCGAAGACGCGUCAGACAGCAACGCAGUGUCCACGGUGAAAUCCAACAACAAACGAUCGCUCUCCGAGUCUUCAAAAAGCCAGAAGAAGUUGAAGGCCGAUCCACCAGGCUACGACUUGCGCGAGCACCAGCGCGUGUUUAGUACGUGCUGGAUUGGCCUGUUGAAGCACCCGUUGCCGACAGAAUCGUACAAACUCGUGCUGGCCAACCUCCCCGACAAAGUCAUGCCACAUCUGGCAGAUCCAUUGCUUUUGGCGGACUUCCUCACCGAUUCGUACAACGUGGGCGGCAUCACAAGUCUCCUGGCUCUCAACAGUCUGUUCGUGCUCAUCCAGCAGUACAACUUCGACUACCCCGCUUUCUUUACGAAAUUGUACGCACUUGUGGCAGACGAGGCGCUCCUGCGAUCAAAGUACAGGAAACGAUUUUUCAAGCUCUUGGCCAUGUUCUUGUCGUCGACCAACUUGCCUGCGUACCUCAUCGCUGCCUUUGCGAAACGGUUGUCUCGACUGACGCUGACAGCUGAGCCCGGCGCCAUUCUGUUCAUUAUUCCAUGUGUGUACAACUUGGUGCUGCGCCACAAGGAGUGUCUGCAGCUCAUCCAUCGCACGACGACGCAGUCCGUGGCCGACCGAGCUGCUGAGAAGCGAGAAAUGCUCAAGAUGAAAAAUCAAAUCGACGCUGCCGCCAAGGAAAUCUCCAAGAACACCACGCGCGUUGAACUGUCGGGUGGCCAGGACCCGUUUGACAACGAAACGAACGACCCGCUCGAGUGCCAUGCGCUGAAAAGCUCGUUGUGGGAGCUGUUCAGCCUCAAGCAACACUACCAUGCUGGAGUGUCGACGAAGGCCAAGAUGUUUGAAGAGAAGCUGCGAACCCAAAUGGUGGAUCUGUCGUCAGAUAUCGACAUUUCGUACGCCAGUUUGAUCGAAGAAGCGGCCAAACGCAGAGAAAAGCAACACGUGGCACUCGCGUUCGAGCCUUGUGUGUCGGUGCUGACCCCCGCCGACCCGCUUUCUCAAAUAUUUGCAUUGUAG